CUGCUGUUGAUUUGUGCACUUAAUUCCACACUUUUUUUGUAUAUAGUAGAUAAUUGGGAGUUAGUGAAAUGGGUUGUGCAAUUUUCUUUUCAAGUUUGUUUAUUUAUUUUUGGGUUUUGUUUUGAUGCACUGAAUUGAUCUGGCUAAGUAGAUCUGUUAGACAAUUGCAGCUGGGGUUUGUGCUCUCAUUCCCUUUGUAAAUAAUUGGGAUUAGGAUUUCAGCGUUCUACUGUGGAACUAAGCCAAUUUUGAAGAUGAAUUGUUAUAAUCUUCAGCAGAAUGCCUUUGCAGUUGGUGAAGAGAUGAGAGGUUCUCUUCCCAUUGCUGAUCAGAAUGGCCCUGUCAUUUGCCCUAAGCCACGCCGUGUAGGGGUUCUAAUGAACGUACCUAUUCGGCCGUUAAGGUGGCAUUUGAGUCAACAAGCUGAGGGGUCUGAUUCAAAAGGUGGCGCAGAGCUACUUGACAUUAUUCUCAAGAGGGAGAGUUAUGGAGAAGAAUUUGGCAAUCAGGUACCCUCAUCUCCUCCAUAUUUUUGUGGAUCUCCUCCAGUUCGGGCAGCUAACCCCUUGACUCAAGAUGCUCGAUUUGGAGACGAAGAGCACGCUAUUCUGUCAACAAUUUCAUCGCCCUCAAGCUUACUGUCUCCAUCUUCAGCAUCUCGUAAAGGAGGAUGUGCUCGGAUGAAGUUUGGACUUAAACCAGCUGCAGUUAGAGUAGAAGGAUUUGACUGCCUCAGCAGGGACUGCCAGAAUUCAGGCAUCCCCGCCGUUGCUUAAACUCCAUUCAUAGAAGUGUAUAUAGAAGAAGCCAAGGGCCACUACUUUAUAAAACGUGACUUAGAGAGAAUUUUGAAUGUUUUGGAGGGAAGUGAGAAAUUGAGUUAGUUGUGUAUAUAGCAAAUGUUUUUUGUAUGGUGAUCAUCUCAUCGUGAUUAUCCAUGACAAGUUUAGGGAACUGCUGAAAGCAAACCUUCUGUUCUUGAGAAGGUUUGAUGUGUAAAGAGCAUGUCUUUUUUGUAAUAUUAGGCGGUUGUAUCUGAGUGUGAAAAUUUUUAGGUUAUCCCCACAAAAUGUUCUGUAUAGAAUUGGUGAUUUUGGUUUUCAUCCCUGUAAAUAUAUU